AUGUCUCGUCUCAUUGCACCUCGAAGGGCAUCGGACCGCCGUCGUGUAGCUCCAAAACAAGUGGUUGCCGUGCCGUGCGACGACGAUCGUGCUCCCUCGCUUACAUCUCGAUCUGGAAAAACAGACUCUAUCCUCUUGGAACUUGGAUAUUGCGAGUUGUGUGACCUGGACUUUAUAGAUAUAGAUCUUGGAAGUAGAAUAUCCGAAACAAUCUCAAGGAUACUGGACACAAAUCCCCAACUGUUUUUCCAUCUUCAACAGCAGAGGUUGAUAGAACUAAUUCGGAAUGGAAAAGUAGAGGAGGCUUUGGAGUUUGCUCAGGAGGAGCUUGCCCCAAGGGGAGAAGAAAAUCAAAGCUUUUUAGAAGAGCUGGAGAGAACUGUUGCAUUGCUGGCUUUUGAGGAUGUUUCCAACUGCCCAGUUGGAGAGCUUCUGGACAUAUCACAGCGUUUGAAAACGGCAAGUGAGGUGAAUGCAGCUAUUCUCACAAGCCAGAGUCAUGAAAAAGAUCCAAAACUUCCAAGCUUGUUAAAGAUGCUGGUAUGGGCUCAGACCCAACUAGAUGAGAAAGCUGCUUAUCCUAGGAUAAAAGAUUUAUCUACUGCCACACUUGAAGACCCUGCAGUUUGAUUCAAUCUUGUACCUUUGUUUUGGGGAAUUCAAGUGGCUCUAGAUUGAAUGCAUGGAACCAAAUAGGAAAGUUUGGAUUGUAUCCUUAUAUCAGUGACUAGCUAGGCAUUUUCUUGAAUGUUUUUAUUUUUCUUUUUAAUCAAGAUUUGGUUGAUCUUCUUCUUCUUAGAAUGUGGGAAUGGGCUUGUGGGUGUAUAAUAAUUUGAUUGUCAAUACAAUUACCAAUCUUUGUGGGAAUUCCAUCUAAACUGUGACCCCCUUGAAUUGAAGCUCCAGCCUACAAAUCAAUUGGUGUUAAAUUGAA